CCCUGGAGGGUGCCGCCACGCAAAUGUUUGCGAGGGAGAUUUGGAAGUUCAUAUAUCGUGUCGAAGCUGAGUGGUUGAUACGAAAUCAUGAAUGUGACUUUGCGGAACCCAAGUCAUGGCUCACCAACGGCCGUCUCAGACAAUACCAAAACUUGCGAGCCACGUCUGAGGACGCCAAUCCAUCGAGCACGCACGGGCUGUCGCACAUGCAGAACGCGAAAGGUCAAGUGCGACGAGAGGAAACCAUCCUGCGGGCAAUGUCGCAAAGGCGGGCGAAGCUGCGAGUGGCUUGCGCCUAGUGACCUCAAGAGAUCAGUGUCCUCUAAGAGACCCAAUGCCACGGCUUGCGACGUAUGCAGAGCGAAAAAGCUCAAAUGUGUCGGCAGCAUCCGAGAUGUUUGCGAAAAAUGCAGAACACUUGACGUCUCCUGCGUACGCUCCCAGGGGGCUGUAACUGCUACUAGCAGCACCGACUCCCCUACGCUCGCUUCACAAUCGUCCGUUGAGGCUGCCACAAUGCAGCAUCCAAGGCCAUACCUGCCGGAAGACGUGUCCAGUACAACGUCGUCACGUACCUGGGCCAAGAGGCCGUCCGCCGCCGUGCUGACUCCGUAGCCAUCUCGCCUUGGGGACUUGGAUGAUGUCCUCUUUACUGCACGCCAUAAUAGAGAGACAGCGAAAUCAACCAACGGACCGGCCACUUCUAGAAUCACACCAAGGGUGGACGAGCUUCCUAAUGGACUUGAGCUUGAAGGGCUUGUUUCAGCUUGAUUUCUCAUCAGUUCACGUGAGUACUUGAGUUGUCUUGGACGCCCGCUAUGUGCAGGUCCGGGGCGAACAUAUUUGGGGCGAAAAAGACUUUGGAUUCUUUGCAUUCAUCCACCAAUUGCACUUCAACCGCCUUGUUGCCAAGGGCAAGGCUCCUCGCGAGUUGACCUUGGUCAUGAUAGCAAAUCGGCUGCGCUUUGGAGGUGCAACGACAGCUGAAAAUCUGGCAAGGGCUGACGCCUGGGCCGACACA